GCCCCUGGAGGAGUCACUGCUCUCUGGCCGAGGAACCAAUUUUCUUCUCCCCCCACAACAAAAAGAAAAUUCAAAAAUACAAAAAAUAUUUACGGCAGAGCUCUCUCGUAGAUUCAUUUCCUUAGAGCUAUAGCUAGGGUUAGGAGGUGCCGAUUCAAAAAGGAUCACCGGGGGACGUAUUUCCCACCUGUGCCAAAUUUACUUCUUCUUCUUCUUCCACUGCUACUUCUACCCUUCUUUUUUCAAUUUCAAAUCGCUGUACAAACAGAAAGACGACUUCUUGGUUUCCUCUAAUCUUCGUUGCUCGGCUGAUCGGUACAGUUUCCCCAAUUUUGUUGGGAUUUGGAUAAAUUUGUGGAUAUUUUUUAGGGUUGAAGAAUUUGCCGGAUUUCUGGAGAGAAAGGGAUCGUUUAGGGAUAAAAAAGGAGGAAUUUUUGUUAGGCAUUUUGCUAGUUUCUUUUCGUUAUGGAUAAGAAGAAGGUUGCCGUUCCUUUGGUCUGCCAUGGCCAUUCCCGGCCGGUGGUGGAUCUGUUCUACAGCCCGACUACUCCAGAUGGUUUCUUCCUGAUCAGUGCCAGCAAGGAUUCUAGUCCCAUGCUUAGAAAUGGAGAAACUGGAGAUUGGAUUGGAACGUUUGAAGGGCACAAGGGUGCAGUGUGGAGCUCCUGCUUGGAUACUAAUGCUUUACGUGCUGCAUCUGCUUCUGCUGAUUUUACUGCAAAUAGCUGGCAUCAUUGUCCUUUCUCAGUGAUCUGCAUCUAUUUCUGGUUACAUCUCAUCUUGAGCUUCCAAUUUCGCCUCCAGGACACUCAUCUUCUACUUACUGGUGGACUAGAGAAAAUCUUGCGCAUUUAUGAUCUGAAUCGCCCAGAUGCACCUCCAAGAGAAGUUGAUAAAUCCCCUGGUUCGGUUAGAACUCUUGCUUGGCUGCAUAGUGAUCAGACCAUUCUGGGUUCGUGCACUGAUAUGGGUGGUGUAAGAUUGUGGGACGUAAGAAGUGGUAAGAUAGUGCAAACCCUUGAAACCAAGUCAUCAGUGACAAGUGCAGAAGUCAGUCAGGAUGGUCGCUAUAUCACAACUGCUGAUGGUUCAACCGUUAAGUUCUGGGAUGCGAAUCAUUUUGGGCUUGUGAAAAGCUACAACAUGUCAUGCACUGUGGAAUCGGCUUCCUUGGAACCAAAGUACGGGAAUAAGUUCAUUGCCGGGGGAGAAGACAUGUGGGUUCACGUAUUUGACUUUCACACAGGGCAGGAAAUAGCUUGCAACAAGGGCCACCAUGGUCCAGUCCACUGCGUGCGGUUUUCACCAGGAGGGGAAUCAUAUGCGUCGGGGUCAGAAGACGGGACCAUCAGGAUAUGGCAGACGGGCCCACUAACGAAUGACGAGAGCGAAGGCGGGGCGGCGGCUACAGCGGCAGCAGCCAAUGGAACCGUGGCGGGGAAGGUGAAUGUGGGUGCUGCAGAAGAAGUUUCUAGGAAGAUAGAGGGGUUUCACAUUAGUGGUGACGAGGGGAAGACUAAAGAGAAGGAUGAGGCAGCAGGGAAAGAGUGAUGUAACUCGACUCACAUACACCAUCGGCCCGAGUUAGGCCAGACCCACUUGUUCUUCUUUGUUAUCUUUUCCUUCUGCGCCCCUCUAUUUUCUUGAUCUCUCAUUUUGUAUCGUUUCUUUUUCUUCUCUGCCUUAUGGAAAUGGUGCUGAACUGAAACAAGGUUUGAUGUUUGGGCUUUGGUCAGUCAUCAUGAUAUUUGGGAGGGUUAAAACUUGAAAGAAGACACUGACAUUUUUGUACAAGCUUCUUCUAUCUUUAGCAACACAACGCCUUGAUAUAUGUAAAACAGCCGCGGGGGAAUGGGGAAGCUCAAAAGGCUGUUUGCAAUAUGGUUUCACGAUGUGAAUUCACCUUCAUGUUUUGGUUCCACAAAA